AUGAUGUUACCAUCAUUACUAUUAUUAAUAAUACUUUCACAAUGUAAUACAGAAAAUAAUGCAGCAUAUUCCCCAACUGCUUCUACAGAUACCUUUAAAACGCCAUCUUCUCCAGAGCUUGAUCCAGUCAAUAAGGCAAAUAACUAUGCGUCAGCGAUAACUAAAGAUGAUUCUAAAAAUGCAGUCAAUGUGUCUUAUGUUAUCUUACCGAAUCAACUGUAUUUAGGCCAAAUCAAUUUAAUUACUGUACGAAGUCGUCAACCAAGAACUCGACUCAGUAUUUCAAUGAAUUUGACUGGAUUGUCAAAACAGUUGAAGAUCAACGCGUCUACAAAUAUUGCAUAUCAAAUUCCUUUUAUCUUUCAUCGUCAUGAAUCUAUUUGGGUUAAAAUGAUAUUUAAUUUUAAUCACUGUUAUAAAAAUGAUGAAAGGCAACGAGUUGAUGAUAUGCAUGACAAUGACGAUGGUGAUGAUCAAUGUAUCAAUUAUAAAACUACUGAAGUUGUACAGUCUGUUCAGUUAAAACAAUUACCAAUUAUUAUUAUUGGUGAAACUGAUAAACCUUUGUAUAGACCUGGUGAGUCUGUAAAUUUUCGAUAUUUAGCGCUAAAUAUGAAAACUUUAUCACCGAAGUCAACUUAUACUCCAUUGCCUAAAAAAAAGCUUGUAAUCCGAAGAAAAACUCAACUUCAAUUAAUAGAUGUAAAUCGUUAUGAUUUGUCUAAAUUAGAAAAUAUAAAUUAUAAAGAAAUCUAUAUCACUGAUCCUAUGGAUAAUCGUGUUAAACAAUGGUUAAAUAUAUCGCCUAAAAAAGCUUUGCAUUUAACUUACCCGCUACUAAAUAAAACUGUUGAAGGUAAAUGGAAAGUACACGCUGUUAUCGGACGUCAUUUCAAAGAAACACUUGAGUUUACUGUGAAGCAAUAUACCCUACCAAAAUUUAUUAUGACGUUAGAAACUCCAAAAGUUUUCAGUUUUGGUUCUGAGUAUGUUCAAUAUUCAAUCUGUGCAAAGUAUACUAAUGGACCACCCCUGAAAGGUUAUGUAAAAUCAAUUCUAUGCGCUUGUUCUGAAUAUAUCUGGGAUAGUGAAUAUUCUACGGGAAAUGAUGAAAACACUGUUGAAUCACUUGUAUUAACGCGUAAAUGUCCAUCAAAUGGUUAUGAUAUAAAACUUCGGCCAUGUGUUGCACAUAAUCAAAUAUUACACACUGAUGGUUGUGCUAGUUUCAAUGUAUCUACUAAAGAAUUCGCCUUUUCUACAAAUAAAUAUUAUAAACAAAAUCAAAUCAGUAUUUUAUGCGCUGAAGUUGAAGAAGACGGUACUGGUUCUAAACUAUACAACUGUUUAAAAGGUGAUGAAAUUAAAAGGGAACAACCAAAUUUAAAGAUGGAAUUCCCGAGUGUAUAUAAAUCAAAAUUACCGAUCACUGGAAAAGUGAAAUUAAUGCAUUAUGAAAAGAGUUUGAAUUACAGUGUGAAAAUAUCUGUCUCUGAAAAGAAAUCGCAGUGUUUUUGGAAAAAUAAUGAGAAAGGUACAGAAUAUUACGUCAAUAUUAUACCAUUGAAUUCAUUGAAGGAAGGUGUCAUCCAUAUACCACCACUUCACUCUGAAAAGUCAAUAAUAAUUGAAGCUGAAUUACUGUUAAUGUUUGAAGUACAAUUACCUCUAUCACAAUUAUCCUCAGUAAAGUCAACCUCUAAAGAUGGAAGAGAAAAUUUCUCAAAACAAAUUAGUUUAGUAAAACAUGUUAAUUACCGUUUCUGGUCUGGUACACCGGGGUCAUCACAUGGCACUCCCCUAACUAAUAGUGUGAUAUUAAGAUCAUGGGAUUCAAUUAGUAAAGUUUACCUACAGUUAUGGCCAUCGAGAGAGAAAAUUUUUACAACAUGCCCUAAUACAGUAAAAUUAGUUCUGUUAUCAAACACACGUCUAUCAGAUAAAAUCAUUUUUAUAGAAUCAACGAUAAGAGGUGAACAUAUGAAGAUUGUGAUACCAGGAGUUGAUAAAAUGCUGACCGACAACAACAUCACUGAUGAUUGUAUUGAUCGUGAUGAUGAGUUAGGACAUUAUGUGUGUACAGGUAUAAAUCCAGAAGAGAUUAAAUGUUUACCAGGUUGGCAAGGUGAAAAUUGUUUAGUGCCUAUCUGUUCUUCACAGUGUAAUCCUGAAGGUGGCCUGUGUAUCAGACCUGAUGAAUGUCAGUGUAAAUCAGGAUGGAGCGGUGUCAAUUGUGAUCGGUGUAUUGAGAGUAAAAAUUGUUUAUACGGUAAAUGUGUACAUGGAAAUGAUUGUGUCUGUGGAGAUGGCUGGACUGGUUAUAACUGUGAUCGUAAAUCCCUAGUUUUCAAAAAAAUUACCAAAGAGAAUGAAUUCAAUACUAAAGGUAGUGGAGUGAAUUCAGCUGAUGAAUUGGAAGAUUCUUUCAUUCCUUCCACUACAUCAAUAAAUUCAUCACAAAUGUAUACGAAACCAGUUAGAACACUUUAUCAACGACACAUAGAGUUUACAAUAAAUGGAUCAUGGGGACCAAAAUUUACAGCUAUAAUUUAUAUUCAUAAUCAACAAGAUAAUGCAUCACCUGAGAUUAUUUCAACUCAAUUAACUGUGGAACAAAUUGAAAAUUGUACAAGUAAUGCAAUCGCACUACAAUCGAAAUCGCAUAAAAGUAGUAUAGAAUUUAGUCAAAAUAUUGCACAUCCUGGUCAGAAUAUUCAAAUGAUCAUUACUCCUCAAGGUGUGCUAUCAUCAUCAACAGCAGCAGCAGCAUCAUUGUCGAUAGAUCAAGACAAAGGUUGUUAUAAACUAACAGGAAAAAACUGCAAUUUGAAUAAAGGUCAAUUGUCAAAUGAGUUAUGCUUCGUUAGAAUCUCUGAUAAAUCACUAGAUAACUUCCAAGAUGAUAAAAAUUUAAUUAAUUUAAAAUCUUUCACUGAAAAAUUACUUGAUUAUGCUAUGCAAAGUAGAAUCCAGCCUUUUAUAGCUACUUCAACACAAGAAGCAUUCCAAGCUGCUGGUUUUCAAAUUGGUUCAACGUAUCCAGAGGCAAUGCUUGUUCAUCCUGUAAACGUCUGUCCUCAAUUUUCACAACCGAGUAUCCCAGGUGUCCUGUUCGACACUGGAAUGGGUAAUAACAACGUUGGUUCACAGUCACUUCGAUUACUAAAAAGCAUCGAUGUACCAGAAAAACCACGAUUAAGAGACUUCUUUCCUGAAGUCUGGUUGUUUCAAGUGUUACCAAUCACUGAUUUAAAUAUCAAUCAUGAAAUUGACGCAAAGGCUAAAAACAUAGAUACUAUUGAAAUCAACAAAUCAAGGGGUAUACAAUUAAAUCUUACAGUACCAGAUACUAUAACAAGUUGGAGGGCAUCAGCGUAUUGUACAACAAAAUUGAAUGGUUUAUGGAUUGGUGAAUCACAAACAGUCACUGUAAAUAAACUUUUUUAUUUGGAAAUAACACCACCCAAAGAAAUGAAACGUGGUGAAAUUUUGCACAUCCCUGUGAGUAUGUUUAUUCUGGAUACAAAGUAUUUACAAUUACCAGAAAACUCAAACUUAUCGCAAUGUUAUGAAGUCUUUGUUGAUGUACAAGUAAACAAUGAUGAAUGGUUAGUUGUCGGUACAACUAAGCAUUCUGCUUGUUUGUGUUCUGGUGACAAGACAACUUAUCUCGUUGGAUUACAGGCAAAACGCUUAGGUAAGUUGAAUAUUACUGCUGAAGCAUUGGCCAUUAAGAAUAGUCAUUCAUGUCAUUCCAUAGAAUACAAUGAACUUAAAAUGCUUUAA